UCUACCAGCUGUCGUGAUCUCGCGAGAUUUGUGGCUCUGGAGACACUUUGGAUGGGAAGGAGAACUUUUGCACGGGAAGGAUCUGUGUUGUUGGAGUGUUAAGGAUAUUAAGGCUCAAAUACUUCGCUUUUCCACCUUUCAACAGUCAAGAUAACGGACUAGUGUCGAUUUCUCAUCUACAGCGCAUUUUCCUCAAGGAGAGAUGAGCUUUUUAUUUGGAAGCCGCUCGUCAAAGACGUUCAAGCCGAAGAAGAACAUUCCCGAGGGCUCACACCAGUAUGAGCUACUGAAGCAUGCAGAGGCCACGCUGGGCAGCGGGAACCUGCGCAUGGCUGUCAUGCUGCCCGAUGGAGAGGACCUCAAUGAAUGGGUGGCAGUCAACACUGUGGACUUCUUUAACCAGAUCAACAUGCUGUAUGGGACCAUCACAGACUUCUGCACUGAGGAAAGCUGCCCACUAAUGUCUGCUGGACCCAAGUAUGAAUAUCACUGGGCCGAUGGAACCAACAUAAAAAAGCCAAUUAAAUGUUCAGCUCCGAAGUAUAUUGAUUACCUGAUGACUUGGGUCCAAGAUCAGCUUGAUGAUGAGACACUUUUCCCUUCAAAAAUAGGGGUCCCUUUCCCAAAGAACUUUAUGUCGGUGGCCAAGACCAUUUUGAAGAGACUCUUCCGUGUUUAUGCUCACAUCUACCAUCAGCACUUUGACUCAGUUAUCCAGCUGCAGGAGGAGGCGCACCUCAACACCUCCUUCAAGCACUUUAUCUUCUUCGUUCAGGAGUUUAAUUUGAUUGAUCGGAAGGAACUUGCGCCCCUUCAGGAGCUGAUCGAGAAGCUCACAUCCAAGGACAGAUAAAUCUGCUCUUCCCAUCAACAUCUUCUCCAUUUUCUCUGUACAGGCGGCCUGGCGUUGGUCUCUGUGUUCGACAGGUGUGUGGGAAUGUUUCCUUCAAGAGUUGGGAAAAGGCUGACUCCAAAAAAAAUAAAAUGUUUUAAGCCAGAACUCAACCAUAGGUCAAAGUCAUAGUGGAAUUGUACUCCUUUUGACAUCGUCUCAAACACGAUCUAAGUGCCUGAUAUUUCCAUUUUCAAAAUUGCUCAUCUGUAAAAAAAGCGCUACCACUGCUAUAAAACUUCUUUAUGAUUACACUUUUUUUUAGGAGUACAUUGAUGAUAAUUAGUGGUGUGUUAGCUUUUUUCCUCGUAAUGGAUUUAUUUAGAAAUGCAUAGAUUUAAAAAUACUGAAUGAAGCAUUCAUUGAUUUUUUUUUUCACAGAGAUGAAGAUGUCUUGGCUUCUCUUAAGUACUCAUUUUAACUGCUCCCUGUAUCUCAUGACAUGUUUGGGAUUUCCGUUAUCCAUUUCAAUAGUAGAACUGCUUUGUUCACUUCAGAUUUUAUCCAGCCCUCAAUGAAUGUCUCCUUAUUGUUACACAUUUCAGUCUUUCCUGAAGAACAUUGGGCCCACAGUUGGCCUGCCAUUGCUUUUAAACCACUACAAUACUGUUGAAUAAGUACUUAUGUGGAUGAGCCAGAUUCUCUCCCAGACGUCACGGGUUUGUCUGUUAGAAGCUGGGAUGAAAUGAGCUGACUAUGCAAGAUCGGUAUGUCCUGUUUGAUCUAAUUUUUUCAUACACUAUAAAACACAAGGCUUUUACAUUCUUCUAUUCAUGGAUGUGGAAACGCUGGGCACCUUUUAAGAAUAUAACUACAACAAAUCUAAUGGGAAAGAUACACUUUUCUCUAGAUCUUAAUUAAGCUGCCCCAAGCUGUAUUCGUAUUUCAAAGAUCCAGAACUUUCACUUGAAACACAAGCUAUAUAAUGAGGAGGUGAAUGCAAGUUGUAUAAAAUCUGUGAUAGAUUUGAUUCAAACUUGAUGCUAGUUUAAUAACUUUAAUAACUGAUUCUUAUCCAACACACACUUCUAUUGCUGUCAAAAUAGUUGGUGGUCCUCUGUAUAAUUUAAGCAGUGCAUACGUUUGGUCUUUAUGAAGUUUCGCCCCAUGAAUGUUUAUUUUUCUGAAUGUUACAGAAAAUGUGUUAUCCUGAAUAACAUGGUUAAAAUGUUUCUCAGAGAUUUUCACAUCACUUUUAUUUCAGAACAGAAUAAGAUUGAUUAUAGACAAAUGUACUAAACAUUUUUGAUGGCAAGUUGUAAAUACUGUAACACGAGAUGUGUAACUUGCUGAACUUUUGUGGUACAAUGCUGAAUACUGUUUAUAGG